AUGAAUAUGCAACCUUCGGAGGCAGAAGCAGGGUUUGAUCUUAGAUUGCCUCCUACAGCGGACCCGGAUCUUGUGAAGAAAAGAAUUGCUGAAGAGUGGGCGCCAGCUGUACGAAACAUGACAUACGAGAUAAUUGAGAAAGGACCCUUGAGAGAUUAUAUGGGACUCCCGUUAAUGACAGCAACAGAUGAUUCGAACCCAUGGUGGUCUGUUUUCAAGCAAGCCAUUGCAGCAGCUGGAGGAAAACUUGCAAAGCCUGAAAUAUUGCGUUCAACUACUGAUGCGCGGUUCAUGAGACAGUUGGGGAUUCCCACUUUCGGAUUCUCUCCAAUGACAAAUACCCCUCUUUUAUCCCAUGAUCAUAACGAGUUCUUGAAGGACACCAUAUUCUUGAAAGGAAUUGAGGUUUAUGAACAUAUAAUUCAUGAGUUGAGUUCGUUCGAGGAAGCUAAUUUAAUAUAGAUGUUCUCAGUUUGGACAUGACUGUAGGACCAAUGUAUGGCAUGCUGAUUUUGAUGCGGCGGGGUUGUCAUGACUGGUAAGAUAUGCCAUGUGCUUGCAUCAUUUUGCUAUGUGUAGUGUAAUCAUUUACUUAGUUGAUAAGAGCGCUUAUCUAUAAGAUGAGCAACAGAGUUCGUUGUAUAUGGACCUAUUAAAACCCAUUGUACGGACUCCACUAAUUGAUAGUUGACCUACUAUUCCGUCAUUUAAACCCGAAUGUGAUCUGAAAUUGAGUUGUGAGAAGGUGCUUCUGUGAUAGCAUUAGAAUGUUGGCUGUGGAUGUGACCUGCAUCUGGUAACUGGCAUUCAAUACUGUACAUCAAAGAAGUUUCAUCGAUGAUAUAUAUGAAGGUCUUUUCUGUUAUGCGUCGUGGUAGCUCUUUUUCCCUUUUCUUUUUAAUUCUUAAAAUUUUGAAGGUUUGGGUAUCAUUAAUGUUUGCCAAUGUGAAUGUGUACAAGAAAACAGCUGGUUCUUUCGGAUUAUUUCCAUCUAACAUAUGCCCUGUUUUCAUCUCAUGCAUUUGCUAACGUGAUUGGAGUACCUACAUAAGGCAGAGUCAGAGGGAGGCAAAUAUGUGUGCAGAUAAAUGCAGUUUGGCACUCAAGGCUUUGAUACCCCACCUCCUGCCAUUUCCCAUAUUUUGUAUGUAUCAGGAUAUAAGGGUGGGCUGGUGGCGAUUCCUCCUCCCAUUGCGAAAAAAGGAGGAGAAAAGAAAAGAAAAGAGGAAAGGGUGCUGCUAAAUUCGCUACAAAAUUUGUUGUUCCCGCUACUUUCUAGAAUGACUAGUAAAUUUUCAAUGCCAGCUUUAAUAAUGAGAGUAGCAUACUAAGCUGCAAUGAAUUGGAUA